ACGAUGCUCGAUGAAUGAAUUCCAAUUGGAUAAAACUUGAAACUAUUACUAUUCUCUUAAGCAUUUUGCCGUUGAAAAUAUAAUAAUAAUUUGCCAAAAAAUGGAAAUUCAUAGUAUUGAAUGUGAGUAAUCCGCCAAAUUCAAAUUAUUGUGUUAAAAAAAAUACGAACAGUGCCAAUUUAUUCAAUUUCCAUUCGUUCAUCGGGCAUUGGAAAUAACAGAAUUGGGGCCCAUUGAUUCAACCACCCUACAAUUUUUGCUGUUUCAGCAGGUCUUAUUAAGUAAGACCUCCUUUUGUCCCUCAUUUCGUACGACAAUUUAAAUUAUAAAAUAAAGAUUUUGAUAGAUCAAAAUCUUUGUCCUUGCUUUCUCUUUUACAUUUUGAUAUGGUUAUUAUUUGGUUCUAAAUAUUUGAGUAGAAUAUUAUCUCAACAUAUCUUGGAGACACAUGUUUAUCAACAGCAUAUUAUAAUUGGAAUGAACUGGUGACCCCGCAAGCGCUAUAACAAAAUUUAUUGUUAAUCAAGUUCAGAGUAUCUUGAGAGUAAGAUUAAGACAGACGUAUUGACCAAGAUGAGUGCGACCAAAACUAACGCUCAUAAAGUGACCAAGACAAUAGUGACCUCACCCGACAUCUACAAGCCCGUUGGACCUUACAGCCAUGCCAUUCUGGCGGAUAGAACUCUUUAUGUGUCGGGAAUCCUCGGGAUGGACCCUCAGGCUCAGUUUGUACCUGGCGGUGCCGACGCUCAAGCCCGCCAGGCUCUCUCCAACUUGAAGCAUGUGCUUGAAGCUGGAGGAGCUUCUCUCGAGUCUGUCUUGAAAACCACCAUCUUACUCGCACGCAUUGAGGACUUCCAAGCUGUAAACGAAAUUUAUGCGGAAUUUUUCCCCAAGGACUCCCCGGCCCGCGCUACUUUCCAAGUGGCUAAGUUACCAAAAGAUGCAGCGAUUGAAAUAGAGGCGAUUGCACUGAGCGGCGAACUAACCAUAGCCGAGGCGGGCCCAUGUCCCUGUGCAAAAUCUUAGAAUAUUUAUUUUCUCAUCUAGCUUGUCGUCUUUGUUAUGAAUUAUUAAUGUUAACAUGUUUUUUUGAAAACAAUCAGUUUAUUUAAAAUAAUAAAAGACAACUUUUUUGGGAUCUUAAUGUAUUUAAUGAAAGGUGUUUGAAUUGUUUUUUUUUACAGAAUUAUGAGAAACAUGCGUUAAACAUCUCAAAUACUGGAAAUAUAAUUUUAGUAUUUACGUUG